AUGGAAAAGCUGAAGCAGAAGAUGGAGGUCUCGUACUCGGACCCGAUCCCAUCUGAUCUCCUUGUAGAUAUAUUCUCUCGACUCCCUGCAAAGUCAAUAUUUAGGUUUCGUUGCGUAUCUAGGUUAUGGAGAUCCAUACUUGGCCUUGCUUAUUUCCCUGAACUGUUCUUCACCAAGUCUUUAGCUCGUCCACGGCUCUUGUUUGCCAUCCUAGUUGGUAGUGAUUUGUUCUUCUUCUCUGCAUCUCAACCUCAAAAUCCACUUGACAACUCCACUCUUGUAGCCACCCGUUAUAAUAGUAGGUGUUUCCACAACUACUCUCCAUCUGAAACGAGAACACCGCUUAGUGAAUUGGUAUUUCUUCAUGAAUGGCAAAGAAAGAAGUGGAUGAUUUGUAACCCCGUCACUGGGGAGUCCAUAACCUUACCCAAAGUGGAAGCCUCAGCUGGAAGAAUAUUUUUUGGGUUUGAUCCGAUUAACAAACAGUUGAAAGUCUUGUGUGCGAGUUGGUCAUAUAAUACUCAUUGGGUUUUGACAUUGGGGAGUAGUGUAAAACCUUUGUGGAGAUCGAUUGCAGGCGAUCCCAAAUUUUCUAUACGUCAGAGAGCAUACAAAGCUGGUGAAAUAUGCAUAAGUGGUGUUUUGUAUUACAUAGAACAUCAACAUUACAUUGAAGGAUCAUGUAUGUUAGUUUGUUUUGACUUUAGCUCUGAGAAGUUGGGCUAUAUUAAGAUAGAUAAAGAAAUGUUAGAUGGGACUCUGAUCAACUACAAAGGUAACUUAGGGGUAUUAGUAAAACGUCAUUAUGAAGUUGUGUUGUGGGUUCUUGAAGAAGAUGCUGGAAACCAUAAAUGGUGCGAGUCUCUCUGCCUACGGUCUCGCAUAAGCUUAUCGAAGAGGAUCGGGAACCAAUUUAGCAUUGUAGGAAUGACCGGUGCAGGUGAAAUUGUGUUUUCCAGUUGUGCUCUGGAGGCAAAGGAGCCUUUCUACAUUGUCUAUUACAAUAUCGAGAGGAACACUUUUGCGAGAGUCAAUAUUCAUACUCCCGGAUUUGAAGAGCUUCACCAUCGUACAGUUUUCAUUACCACGUCGCUAGACUAUGUCGAGAAUCUCAAGCCUUUGCAAAGUGUCUUCGACAGCUUCAUAACUUGA